AUGCCGCGUGUUCCAGUCGUAUCCCGCAGUGCCGUCGAGCCGAUCCAUGUCAUCGGUCAAAGGCCGCUGACCAUCAACAGAGACUACGGCGGGAACCCGGGAAUCCCGCCCUGCCGCCGGUGCGUCCGCGAGCAGAAGGAGUGCGUCUUGGCAACAUCCCGCCGCGGCGGCCGGCGUCCCCGCAAAUGCGUCCGCCUCCCGGACUCGGACUCCACCGGCACGGCCCCGUUCCCCCCGGGGACCACAUCCACCUUCGACUCCGUCCCCGCCGAGGGCGCCGCCUCAAGCGAGCAACCAGCAGGCGCCGACCAGAAGUCCUCAGAGACAAAUCGUCCAUGGUCAUGCUCGCCAGAAGCAGAAACCCCGGGCCGCGCCGCAAGCUGGCCCGGCUCCGGGUCCCAGCCAAACAGCCCCGGCGGGCGGUCCCUCCAGAGCGCGGGGGAUAUCGAGGGACACAUCACGUCGAGCGACCUCUUGAACCCGUCCGACGCGUUGAACCUGUUGGCGCAGGUAGCCGAUCUGGACGGCGACGGCGGGACGGAGAGGAACCGCAAGCCGAGCGGAAGCACCACGCACGAACAUGGAACCCCGCGCGACCACCCCUCCUCGAAGACGCUCGCGACGUAUCACUACCCUCCCAUCUCAGACGGCGUUCUCUCUCUGUCCGUCGCCUCCCGCCUGCUCGCGACGUACUACGAACACUACCACCCCUUCUUCCCCGUAGCCCACAACUGCAUCCUCUCGCCCCCCUCGAUCCCCUUCCUCACCGACUCGGAGCCGCACCUCGUCACGGCCAUCUUCACCGUCGUCUCCAAGGACGAGCCCUCCCUCUCGGCCGUCCACGAGGCCUGCUCGCGGCACAUGGAGACCCUCAUCUCCAAGCUCAUCUACAAGGGCUCCACGACCGUCGGCGCCGUCGAGGCCCUCCUCAUCCUCGCCCAGUGGGCGCCCCAGCGUCUGCAGGAGAAACCCACCGUCGGCCGCGGCGAGGAGGACGAGGGCGCCUGGAUGCAGAUCGGCGUCGCCAUCCGCCUCGGCUACCUCCAGAGCCUCGAGCAGACGGGCCUGCUGGUCGACAAGCAGAGCGCCCUGUCGGAGCAGUUCCGCAGGAAACGACUUGUCUGGGCUGCCUGCUACAUGAGUGACCGCGAGGUGUCCAUCCGCGUCGGCAAGGGCUUCUGGUCCCGAGGCCCCGGCCCCUCUACGAUCCCCCGCUCCGCCGACUUUCCCUCGCUGCGCGUCCAGCAGGCCGGGCCGGAUAACCUCGGACAGCUCUUCCAGGCUCAGCUCGAGCUCAUCCAGCUGUUUAGCAACGCCCACGAUAUCCUGUACUCGUCCGCGGGCCACCGGGCGCAGCUGUACCUCGGCGGCGAAUAUGUCCGCUAUAUCGACGACUCCUUCGCGGUCCUCAGAAAGUGGAAGCUCGUCUGGGGAAGUCUAAGCUGUAACCCCAUCCAUCCCAAAUCUCAAACUCAUGAACUUCACACUAACAGGAACCUCUCAGUCACGCCCCUGAUCAAAGCCGCCCUCAACCUCUCGUACGAGUUCCUCCGCCUCUACAUCAACGCCUUCGCCUUCCAGGCCACAAUCAACCGCGCAAUCACCCGCGCCCGCCAGCAACAGCAACAACUGCAGCAGCAGUCCCAGACAACAGCAGCAACAGCAUCAUCAUCACAGCCUCAGCAGCAACAACCUCCUCAACAACAGCCACCACCACAACCGCAACCCACCAGCGCAACGACCGCACGCACGACAACGGCGAUAAACACCCCCCUCUUCGGCGACCUCGCCAGCACCCCCGACGCCCGCUUCAUCUACGAGUCCAUGGACGCCGCAAACUCCCUCCUCAACAUCCUCAACACCUCCGUCGACCCCGUCACGGGGCUGCGCUACAUGCCGCUGAAGUACUACCUCUACGUCAUCUACGCGGCCGUCUUCCUAUUCAAAGCCCGCCUCGCAGGCGCCCUCGGCGCAGAAGCAUCCGACUCCGUCCGCCGCUCCAUCUCCGUGACGAUAACCUGCCUCCAACGCUCCUCCAUCUCCCCACACUCCCUCGGCCACCGCUACGCCUCCCUCCUCUCCCUCCUCUGGCGCUCCAAAUCCGCAUCCUCCUCCACGUCCCCCAAAGCAACAACCUCCACCGCUGCCGCCGCCGCCGGCAACCACCCAUCCCAAACAACACCCACCGCCUCCUCCUCCUCGCGUCCAGGCCACCACCCCUCCUCCUCCCACACCGCGCCCUCCCACCACCACACAGCAACAUCCAUCCUCCCUUCCACAGAACACACCAACCCCUCCCCCUCCUACCACGAUCCACAUCCAUCCAUGCUGCUAGGCCACGACCACGCCUCCGGGAUGCACCACACUGGCGCCGGCGGCAUGGGCAUGACCCCGCUGCCCCUGAGCCAGACAGAGCUCCUCUGCCGCGGCUUCUCGUGGCGCGACCUCGACGACCUGGGCCAGUUCAUCGGGCCCCCCGCCGACAUGGCCUUCGCCGACCCCACGGGCCUCCACGUCGUGGGGAAUAUCAGUCUUGACGAGGGGGCGGCAUAUGAUGUCCUCUGGCCCGGGAACGACGUCGUGUUCUAG